AGUUCAAGUGAGGUGUGAGUGAAGCAUGUUCUGGCUUAGUUUAGUGCCGCUGUUGGCAGUAGUGUUGUGGUUACUGCACAUCUGGAUUUUACAACGGCACCGGUUCGCCAAGGAUUUACCGUGCACGGAACCGUACUAUCCGUUCAUUGGAAAUGGACUUUUAUUUAUCGGGAAGUCACGCGAGAUAAUGUUUAACGCUGCUAUGAAACCGUUUGCCGAAUAUAAUCACUGGUUCCAGCUAUGGCUCGGACCGAAGCUGCUCAUUGGCACGUCGCAUCCAGAUCUGAUGCAAUCCGUUCUAACGCAUCCAGACUGUCUGGACAAACCGUUCCUCUACGAUUUCGUGAAACUCGAGCAUGGACUCUUCGGAGGUCAUUAUCAUCCGUGGAAAACGCAGCGUAAGGCUCUGAACCCCUCGUUCAACCUCCGUAUCCUGAACAGUUUCAUACCGGUGUUUGCCAAGUGCACGGAGCAGAUGAUGCAGAACCUUGAAAGUGCCGUCGGGGAGUCCCGUAGCCAAACGUUGUCCAUCUUCCCGAUCAUCAGCAAGUGCACGCUGGAGAUGAUAUGUGAAACCACCAUCGGGUGCGAUGUGUUGGAGCGGCCGGGUAAAGAGAAGUUCCUUCACAAUGUGGAUCGAUGUUUAGAGCUAGUUGCCAAGCGGAUGGUCAGCGUCCAUCAAUACAUAGACCUAGUGUACGGUUUCACGAAGGAUU